AUGGCUUCUGAUCGUGGGUCUGGUACUGCUAAGCCCUUUUGGAUGAAACAUGCGGAAGAUGCAAAAAUCAAGGACGAUGGAGAGAAAGACGCAGCUGCGAAAGCAGCUUUUGAGGCUACAUUCAAAGGCGUCGACAAUACUACACCUUUGAUUGAAGCUGCUACUCCUUCUAUGGUACCUGAAUCUGCACCUGAAUCUGACAGCGAUUCGGAUGAUGAAUCUGAUUACUUGUCUAGGAAACCAAUUGGUCCUGUUGACCCGAGUAAGUCCACUGCUUCUGGUGCUGGGAUUGGUGGAGGAACGGCUUGUGUACCGUCUACAUUUGUGGUUGUGACUAAAGACUCAGAUGGAAGAAAAGUUCCUCAUGGUGGAGCUUUGAUUAAGGUUAAAGUGUCUCCUGGUGUAGGUGUUGGUGGUACAGAUCAAGGAGGAGUUGUUAAGGAUGUUGGAGAUGGGACUUAUGCUGUUACCUACGUUGUUCCCAAGAGAGGAAACUAUAUGGUGAACAUUGAGUGUAAUGAGAAUGCGAUUAUGGGAAGUCCUUUUCCUGUCUUCUUUAGCCAAGGUUCUUCUUCGACUGGAUUGAUGGGUUCUGCUCCAACUUCAUACUCAAGCCUUAUAAAUCAAACAAUGCCAAACAUGCCAAAUUACACUGGUUCUGUUUCUGGGGCUUUUCCAGGGCUCUUGGGAAUGGUUCCAGGCAUUGCCCCUGGUCCUUCAGGUGGAGUUUUUUUGCCUGGAGUUGGAGCUUCACUUGGGGAAGUAUGUCGUGAAUACCUUAAUGGUAGAUGUGCAAACACUAUGUGCAAGUUAAAUCACCCUCCCCAGAAUUUGCUGAUGACUGCUAUAGCUGCAACAACAAGCAUGAGUAAUCUAAGUCAGGUUCCUAUGGCACCUUCUGCUGCAGCUAUGGCUGCUGCUCAAGCCAUUGUUGCUGCACAGGCCCUACAAGCCCAUGCUUCUCAGAUGCAAGCACAGGCUCGAUCAAACAAAGGCUCUUUAGGUUCCCCAGAAAAAGGAGAAAAGGGGGAGGCAUUGAAGAAAUUUCUCCAAGUUAGCAAUCUGAGUCCACUGAUUGCAACUGAACAGCUUAGGCACCUAUUUAGCUUCUGUGGCACAGUAGUUGACUGUACUAUAACUGACUCAAAGCAUCUUGCUUAUAUAGAAUACUCAAAGCCCGAAGAAGCAACAGCUGCGUUGGCAUUAAACAAUAUGGAAGUCUGUGGUAAACCAUUGAAUGUUGAGAUUGCAAAAUCGCUUCCUCAGAAACCAUCUUCGGAUAAUUCUUCUUCAUCCUCACUACCAAUGAUGAUGCAACAGGCCGUUGCAAUGCAGCAGAUGCAAUUCCAACAGGCUAUACUAAUGCAACAAGCCAUGGCUACUCAGCAGGCAGCAAAUAGGGCUGCAACCAUGAAGUCUGCCACCGAUCUUGCAGCAGCUAGAGCUGCAGAGAUAAGCAAGAAAUUAAAUCCUGAUGGUGUUGUAAAUGAUGAAAAAGAAGCUGACCAGAAAUCGAGGUCACCAUCUAACUCUCCAGCGAGAUCGAGAUCAAAGUCAAAAUCACCAAUUAGUUACAGGCGAAGACGGAGAUCUCCAUCUUAUUCACCACCGUUUCGUCGCCCAAGAAAUCAUAGAUCAAGAUCACCAUUCAGAUAUCACCGGCGAUCAACUUAUGAGGGGAGAAGACGGUCAUUUAGAGAUUCUAGGGAUAUUUCUGAAAGUAGGAGAUACGGUAGAUCAGAUGAACACCACUCUUCCAGUUCAAGGAGGAGUAGGAGUGUAAGCCCCAAAAAGAGGAAAUCCCAACAAGAAGAGUCAGAGCUGUCGUCAAGACAUCGACGCGGUAGCUCAUCGCGUGGGGAUAAGAAAUCAUCUCGUGCUGAUUCACGAUCACCAAGGCGACGUAAGGAAACUAAGUCAACCCCAAGAGAUGAUGAAGAAAACAAACUGAAACUCAGAACACGUUCAAGAUCAAGAUCAAGAUCAGUGGAAGAUUCUACAGAAAAGAACAGUGAAGCUAGAGAUGAGGAAUUGAAACAACAUAAAAAGCGGUCAAGGUCAAGGUCUCGUGAAGAUCUGAAUAAAGUCAGAGAUAUGUCCCAAAGUCCUGAUGAUACUAAACAGAAACACAGGGGAAGGUCCAGGUCUAAAUCAUUGGAAAACAACAAUGGUUCUCAUGAGAAUACCGAUGUUGUUCAUGACGAUGAUCUGAAUUCCCGUCACGCGAGGCGUAGGUCAAAAUCAUUGGAAGAGGACUAUAAUAUAAAGGAGCAGAGGAGGGGAAGGUCCAGGUCUAGAUCAUUGGAAACUAAAAACAGGUCUUCUCGGAAAAAGGAGCUGGAUGAAGACAAAAAUGCAGGAUCACGUCGAAGGAGGUCCAGGUCAAAAUCAGUGGAAGGUAAGCGUAGUGAUACCAAGGAGACUCGGAGCAGGGACAAAAAUUCCAAGCAUCGUAGUCGAAGACAGUCGAGGUCAUCAUCUUCUGAGGGGAAGCAAAGGAGAUCUAUCAGGUCAUCCCCUGGAUAUUCUGAUGAAAAGAAAUCAAGACAUAAGCGAAAGUCCAGGUCAAGAUCGAUAGAGAAAAAGAACAGUUUGAGAGAUAAAAGAUCAAAACGUCAUGAAAGAUUGCGGUCAUCUUCUCCUGGAGAUGACAAAGGACGAGGCGAUAGAUCUUCUCCUGUUAGUUCAGAAGAUCGUAAGAUCAAGAAAAGACAUUCUGGAUUAAAAUCUGUGAAAGAGAAUUCCCAUUCAGAUGAUCAGAUAGAUGACAAUGGAGAUGCAAAUUCAGGUAUUGUUUUAUAA